AUGUUUUUACUGUUACUGCUGCUUGCUGUUGUAUCUUACGUUUUUCACGAGGUUUAUUGGAAGCGCAGGAAGUUGCCGCCAGGCCCAACCCCGCUUGGAGUUUUUGGAAAUACCAUCGAGAUCUACCAAAAAGCCCCCGGCUACGAGGCGUACGGUGGAUGGGGCAAGAAAUAUGGGCCAGUGCAUACUUAUUGGAUGGGUACUCAACCUAUCAUCGGCAUCUCCGAUUUUGCACUCAUCAAGCAACACAUAAUCAACGACGGGGAUAAAUACACCGCCCGGUGGAGCAUGAACGAUUUAAUGCUCGAUUUUGUUGGAGGCGAUUACGGUAUCAUCGGCUCGAUGGGGGAACUAUGGCGCGAGCAGAGGAGACUAACCCUCCACAUCAUGCGCGAUUUCGGGAUGGGCCGAAAUAUUAUGGAAGACCGGGUGAUGGUUGAAGUAGAUUUUCUCAUCGACCGCCUGGCAAGCCUAAAAACCGAGGUUUCGGUCCAGCAUGAAUUCGACAUUGCCGUCGGAUCCGUCAUUAACAAUAUUUUAUUCGGGUAUCGGUUCGACGAGCAACACCUGGACGAGUUUAGCCUCGUUAAAGAAUCGCUGCGGGACCUCGUCAAAAUUCUGACGACCCCGCUUUUUUCGGUGGCUAUGAUGACGCCGCAAAUUCGAGGGAUACCUCCCUUCAAAGGACUAUAUCAAAAAUUCUACGAUACUCGCGAUGUCUUGCUCGGUUUUAUCAGACGACAAAUUGAGAUGAAAAAGAGGAUGGUCAAGUAUGAAGCCGAGGAAUCCGAGGAUUUCGUCGAGAGCUACCUCAAAGAGUGGGAAAAGAAGAAGGGCACCGAUCAAGAGGGUUACUAUUUUGAGCAACAACUCGUCGCCGUCGUCGUCGAUAUUUGGACAGCCGGGAUGGAAACCACCUCAAAUACCCUUACCUGGGCCAUUUGCUAUAUUUUGAACCAUCAGGAAGUCCAGGAAAAACUACAUGAGGAAUUGGAUCGCGUAAUCAAAUCCGAUCGCAAAGUUACGGCUGCUGAUAAGAACAAUUUGCCGUAUGUAAAUGCGGUGGUUAGCGAAGCGCAACGCCUUUGCAACCUCCUUCCUCAAAAUCUAUUUCGCGUGAACACUGAAGACGUCACAAUCGGCGGCUACAGUAUCCCUGCCGGCAGUGUGAUCGUCCCCCAAAUCAGCGCUGUAAUGUAUGAUGAAAGGGUCUUCCCCGAACCAUACAGCUUCAAGCCUGAGCGAUUCCUAAAACCGGAUGGUACCUACAAGAAAUACGAAGAGCUGGUACCGUUUUCCGUGGGGAAACGAGCAUGUGUCGGUGAGGGGUUGGCAAAGCUGGAGCUCUACCUCUUCCUCGCAAAUAUUUUCCAGAGCUAUAGGGUAACCGCGCGUACCCUACCAUCUAUGGAGAAGGGCUGCGGCCAGAUUGUCACUUGCAAACCUUACAAAUUGCUUUCU